AUAUACCUGCCGUAUUGAGGUCAUGAACUGCCUUGGUAACGUACAAAGAUUUGACGUUGCGUGACGAAUGUGACAAGUGGAAUAUUAACGGUAUAAAUAUUAAUGCUUGUACAAAACACAUUCUCGACACAGGAUCUUAUAUCACAGAGCAAACAUGAAGGUGCACCUAUGUUUACUAUUACUGGCAGCACUGGCAUAUGGUCAACCACCACCACCACCACCACCACCGUCGGCCGGUCCUCCCCCUCAGCCGCCAACACCAUCUUUAGAUCCAGGAACACCGCAAGGAUCGCAGGGAGGAGCACCAGGAGGAGCACCAACAGGACCACCAACAGGACCACCAACAGGAGCACCAGGUAUGCCAAGUCAAAACCCUUGGCAUGAACUGUUGCAUAGGAUGAUGGACCUGAUGAAGUCUGCUGCAAGUAUGGGUCCUACAUCCGGUCCUGAUCCAUCACAUGGACAUGGUCCAGGUCCUGACCCGGGUCCUGGAGCAAACCAAAUAGCUGAUAAACCAACUCAAGGUCCACAACAAGGGCAAAGUCAGGGACAACAACAAGGACAACAAGGUCAAUAUCAAAACCAAGGUCAACAACAAGGUCAAAAUAAUUACGCAAAUCAAGGUCAAGGUCAAGGCCAGUACGACAACCAAGGGCAACAAACAGGACAAUAUCAGAACCAAGGUCAAGGAAAAGGCCAAGAUCCUUAUGCUCAGCAAGCAACACAAGGUCAGUACCAAGGUCAGCAGCAAGGUCAGGGUCAAAACGCAAAUCAAGCACAACAAAAUCAGUAUCAGAACCAAGGUCAACCACAAGGACAAAACCAAUACGGUAACCAAGGUCAACAAGGUGGGCAGUAUCAGAACCAAGGUCAAGGUCAAAGCCAGUACAGCACCCAAGGACAACAAACAGGACAAUUUGCGACCCAAGGUCCAAAUCAAAGGCAAGAUCAGUAUACCAACCAAGGACCGCAACAGGGUCAAUAUCAAGAUCAACAAGGACAAUGGGGUCAAUAUCAAGGCCAGAAUAACCAAGGCCAAGGACCAUAUGCACCACCACCACGAAAGACAACACCUAAACCAACAACAACAACGACAAAACCACCACCAGUUGUACAAGAUUGUUUCUGGGAAGGGCGUUAUUACCGACCUGGUAGUGAUAUCGUCCGCGGACAACAUGACAGGUGGUGUUACGUGACCUACUGUGACUCUCAAGGUAAUAUUCAGUUUUGGGAUGAUUACAACUGCCCACCUAAUUCAAUGAAACCCACGAGCGGACAUAGUGCUGGUCGUCCAGGCGGUGGACCCCCAACUCCGGCUCCUCCCCAGGCUCCUGCCCCCGGUUGCAACCAUAACAAUAUGUUUUAUGAGCCCGGACAGGAGAUAACAAGCCAUCAAGUUGGUGAAAGAUGUUACGGCACCUACUGCAGUCACGAGUCUCAAGUAAUUCAAUGGGAAGACUGGUGUGUAGCUCCGACAAGUCCUAAACCUCCAGCACCUAAGCCUAAGCCAGUGCACCCGCCAGUUUUAGGGAAUAAUAAACCUAACCAAGGUAAGGCGGGAGGUCGAGGAGGUCAAGGCGGUCGAGGGCGUCAAGGAAGCGGCGGCGGCCGCAAACCAGCUCCUAAUUCAGCCCCUGGGCCGGUAGCACCAAAGUCGGCUCGAGCUCCAGCACCAGCCCCAGCUCCAAAGGCUCCAGCACCUCAAGUAAAUCGCCGCCAUAAGCCAACACAAGGAUGCUAUCACAAUAAUCUAUAUUAUCAGCAAAAUGAAGACGUUAUAGUUGGGAAUAUUGGUGAUAUGUGUUAUGGGUAUUACUGCGAAGGAGAUAAUGUUUUUGUACACUGGGAAGAUCGCUGUGCAAAUCAACCAGCCCCAUCCCCAGCACCGCAAUACCCGCAAACACAACCUGCGAAUACGGGUUUCGGUAGCUGGUUUUGAGAUUUAGUGGGUUGUGUCAUACUUGUGAGACGAAGAACGUUUUAAGAAGAAAGAUUAAAGAAAAUAAAACCAAACAAUUAGCUUUAAUAAACACUUUUCAUUUUUAUGAAAGCCUGUUGUAUUGUUAUGGCAAAAUGAGUGUAACACAAAAAACAUUUCGGGAUUUUCAACAAAAGAAUAUUGUUUAGAAAGAUAUAAAGACAAGAAAGUAAAAACGUUUAAAGCUCGUGUGGUAUAAAGACACCGAUUGAAUUAUUCUGGUUUUACAUUUUUGGAAGUUGUUGUGACUGUUCCUCCCUACUGUAAAAAGGAUUUGCAAAUGUCUUCAAAAUGCACAAUUCAAUAGCUCUGAUAUAAAUUCUUCUAUCUAUAUUAAAUUGUGUAAUGUUUCCUAUAUUUUUGGUAUAUAUUUAUAUAUAAAUGUCAUUAUAAGACAAGAAUAUAAAAAGACAAUUCCGAACGCAUAAAUUAAUGUUUUAAAACGCACUGUAGAUAUAUAGCAUAACUAUGAAUUGCAUAACUAUAAAUAGCAUAACUAUACAGACUGGCUUUUGAUGAUGUGACUGGUUUACAGCUGGGUAAAAAAACAACGGGUCUUGUAUCGCACUUGUAGUAAAUAUAUACAAUGUGGGGAAUCACAUGAUCAAAAUAAUCUCUAAACUAAAUUUAUAUUUUGAAGAACAUGAAUAAAUUUCAAACCAUGGUAAGAUAUGAAAUCCAAACAUAGCCUAACAUAUGACUAGUGAAUUGUUUUUAAAUUAUUAGAUAGCUGACAAUAAUGAUAGAUAUCCUGUAAUUACAAACACUAAGGAAAAUAAGAAGUCUCAGUUUCUUGAGGUGUUCAAGAUAAUCAGAAAAUAAUUGUGAUUGAAAUCUAUGUAUUUUUAGGAAACAUCUAUGUUGUCAUAUGAUAGGCUAUAGUUUAGAUUAACAACAAAAGUUGCUUCAAUAUUAUCCCAUAUUAUUCAUAAAAUUAUUUUGGUUUAAAGAUUAUUUUGAUCAUAUGAUUCCCGCAGUGAUAUAAAGACAUUAAAUACUUGUGAAUAUUUAUUUUCAUGUUUUUACUGUAAAAGUGUUAGUUUUGGCCACAAUUUUACAGUUCAAGUACAAUAAAAAGUAAAAUUUUCGGAUUUAAUCUACGGAGAUUCUAAGGUGGUAUUCGAUACUUUUAAUUCAACGGUUACAUUCUUUUAUAUACAUGUAUUAUGUAAACAGAAAACGAAAAGCAUUUCUAAAAACAAACAACAAACAAUUAUCUUACGUUUUGUAUUUUUAACUAAAAUGCCAUAAUAAGUUAUGGGCGAAACGGGAUAAAUUUUGAUGAAGAUUUGUUACCAAACCCGUUAUUUUCAGGAUCCAUAUUAAGCUUUAACUAUUAACUCGAACAUAUGAAGCUUUAAGACUGUGUAGUAGUAUUAAGAGUAAAAUAAGAGAUUGCGCUCUGACAAAUUAACUUUGUAAAUAAUGUGAAAACUACCAUUUUAUAGGGUCAAAAAUUUACUCUUAAGACUAUUACUAUUACAAAAGAAAAUUUGAAACACGUAAGAAAAUACAUAUUACUAUUUAUUAAAAGUUUCUAUUUUAGAGGGAGCUUCAAAAACAUUUGUUUAGAUUUCAAUGACAAUGUCAAAUCAGCAAAAUUUAGGUGAAAGAGUGCAGAGAACUUGUAAUAUCUGUUGUAUUAUAUAUUUCAUUUGUAUAUUUAUAAAGAGACCUAACUAUUUUCGUGUGUGUUUUGAAUGUAUUCACAUCUGAAUAAUUAAACCAUUUGUCAUUACAAACA